GUCAUUUUUGUAAAUGCUGUUAUAAUAAAUAUCUAUUGGAUAGUGAAAUGAGCAAACCGAGAAACAUUCCAACAAUGAAGUAUGGGACCAAGUCAAAAUCAACCUUCAAUAAGAUGACAAGCUUAAACCAAACAAAUUUGGCCAAAUUCUCUUCAAAGGUUAAAAUGCACACUUCUUACCAUCCUAAUUCCAAUGUUCAGAAAAAAUCAAAAGCCAAACUGGAGCUGAGUUGUGUUAAUAAACCAUGCAUUAUCUCUCAUAUCAAUGCCGAUAGACUUAAUAGGAAAUGCAACAAAUUAACGAAGGAAAAGAAGACUGAUGCUGUUAAGUUGACUGAAGCAAACUUAGAAGUUGAAAAAUUGACUCGCGAAAAUAAACGUCUUAGAAAAUCAAAGAAAGCUCUGUUUAAGGACAAGACCAAUCUAAUUGAGGAAUUGGCUCGAGAAAAGGUCAAAUACGAACGUCUACAGCAGCGCACUACAAAUAAUAUCGUCAACUGUAUCCUUAUUGAAGAAUCAACACAAGAUGGACAAAAAACGCAAUUUGUUGUUGAUGCGGACAUUUACCGAAACGUGAAGAGAAAAGCUGAUAGAAGAAAAACAAAAUUGGGAAAGUGCAAGGAUAAAAUCAGAUCACUCAAAGGAAGAUUAGCGCGACCUUCGGUGAAUGCAGUUCGUGAGUUUGAAGCAAAAAUUGAAUUUGAUAAAUCAACACAAACAGACAAAAUCAUUGGGGAACAGAGUUCUACGGAGUCCAAAUUAAAGUGUUCUAACAGAAAUUUGGUAUCUAUUAAGAUCGACUCAAAAAAUUUAGGCCUUGAUGCGAAAGACUUGAUAAGAGAAAAUUGUGUGUCUCGUCCAAUUAAAUUACAAAAUGAUCAAUUGAGUGAUGUCGAACGUUCAAACCCAGGAUUAUCAGAAAGUUUCAAAUCAUUUAUUACUAUGGACAAAAAUGCUUUGAUGGAUGGAUUAUUAAGCCCAGACUAUGCCGUAGAGCUAUAUUUACAGUACGCACCUUUUAAUUUAUGUGGAAAGACGUGUGAAGAAAAGGACAAAAUCAAAUUGCAUUUACUAAAUAUUGUAAAGAAGUUUAUUGAAACUUUGGCUUGA